CCCCAAGUGACAGAAAACAACAGAGACGGUGAAGCAGCCAGUUCCAUGAGGAGAGCAGAGCAGCUGCUGGAGACGUGGGGACAGAUGUGAGGUCAUCGGCAGACAGAAGCUUUGACACUGAGGGCUGGACUGGUGGAGAAAAGACAGGCUGGACCCACAGACCACAUCAAUGAAGACACCUGGCAUGGCGGUUUUCAAGCAACAGAACGUGGAUGAUUUCUAUGAAAUUGGGGAGGAACUGGGAAGUGGGCAGUUUGCCAUAGUCAAGCGCUGCACAGAGAAGAGCACGGGCACCGAAUACGCCGCCAAGUUCAUCAAGAAGCGCCAGAGUCGGGCCAGCAGGCGAGGCGUGAGGAGAGAGGAGAUCGAGAGGGAAGUGACCAUCCUGCAGGAGCUCCAGCACGCAAACAUCGUGUCCCUGCACGAUGUGUACGAGAACCGCACGGACGUGGUGCUCAUCCUCGAACUGGUCUCUGGAGGAGAGCUGUUUGACUUCCUGGCUCAGAAGGAGUCACUCAGUGAAGAGGAGGCCACUCAGUUUAUCAAACAGGUCCUGAACGGAGUCCAGUACCUCCACUCCAAGAGGAUCGCACACUUUGAUCUGAAGCCUGAAAACAUAAUGCUGCUGGACAGGAACGUUCCUCUACCCCGCAUCAAACUCAUAGACUUCGGCCUCGCACACAAAAUAGAAGCUGGCGCAGAUUUCAAAAACAUUUUUGGCACUCCUGAGUUCGUCGCCCCAGAGAUAGUCAACUACGAGCAACUAGGAUUGGAGGCAGACAUGUGGAGCAUCGGAGUCAUCACUUAUAUACUGUUAAGCGGCGCCUCACCUUUCCUGGGUGACACCAAGCAGGAAACGCUGGGAAACAUCUCGGCGAUGAACUACGACUUCGACGAGGAGUUCUUCAGCAACACGAGCGAGCUGGCCAAGAGCUUCAUCCGACAGCUCCUGGAGAAGGACACGAGAAAACGGUUGACCAUACAAGAAACCCUCAAUCAUCCUUGGAUCAAGUCCUGCGGUCACCCGGAGGAGGACAGCGCCGCCCCUGAGGCCGAGAAGAAAGCGGAGCAGCUGAAGACUAAGCGUCUGAAGGAGUACACCAUCCAGCUGCAUUCCAGCAUGCUGCAGAACAACACGUACGCCAACUUUGAGCGCUUCGCCCAUGUGGUGGAGGACAUCAGCCUGAUGGAGACGGGGCUGUCAGAGGUGGCGGGGGCCCACCACACCCUUCAGGGGGACAUCGAGGCGCUGCUCUCCAUCUACAAUGACAAGGAGGCCUGGUACAAGGAGGAGAGCGAGGCAGCGCGGAAGCAGCUCUCCCAGGUCCGCUAUGAGUUUCGCAAAGUGGAGGCCACCAGGAGGCUGCUGCAGGAGGACGUGAAGGCCGUAGAUGCCGCUCUGGAGAGCAUCAGCGGGAAAUACAACCAGAGGCAGAGCCAGAUGGACGCUCUGCGGCUGGAGCUGGAUUCUGAAAUGCAGUGGCUGCAGGACGUGAUGAGCUCCCUGCAUCCAGAGGGCGCUGACAGCGUCCACAGCAGCAGUCUGAACGUGGACGUGAAGCAGGCGCUGAAGGAGCUGCUGCGUCAGUCCUGCAGAGGGGAACUGUGCCCUGAGGCCCAGCAGCCGCUCAGCGACUCUGGUUAACACGCUCAGACGAAGACACGCUUUCCUUGAACUUAGGGAUCUUAACGUGUUCUGCACAUAGAUUUUUGUUUCCAGAGACACAAACUUUUGAAUGUAUAGCUGUGUAGUACUCCUUUUUUAGAUUUCCUUAUUUGUGAAAACAAAAAUAAUUGAACUUUCCAGUUGAAGAAAUAGAUUACAGGAAAUACGCGUGAUUGCUUUCUUGUUGAGGGAUAAAUGAGAUGAUUAAUAGUCUGGUUCUGGAAGUAAAAAUCCCGUUGAUUUUAAAAUAGAGAUGUUGAUUAUCAACCCUAAUAUUGUAAUCAUCCGAGGUAGACUUACAGUUAGCUUGUGUUUGCGAUGUCAAGUGCAACACUACCCACAAUCCUCAGGUGAAGAAGCGAAUGGUAAAGGGUGGAGCUCGCUGUUACCACGGGAAAGUAAGCUACUGUAUACGAUAAAAAUAAAGAUACAGCAGAGGCUAGCCUGGCUCUGUCCAAGUAUCUACCUCUAGUCCUAACUCUAAAGCUUAUAUCUUGUUUAUCAAAGCAUUACAGUAAGCAAAGCGAAAACACAUUUUUUAUUGAGGGCAAAAUCAUCUGUAAAAUACCAACUCGGCAUGUACAUGUAGUGCUUUAGAGAGCAAAUAAUCAUACUUCACAAAAUGUCAAACAUUUAUUUUAUGUGGUACAAUAUAAAAUGUUACUAAACUUGAAAUGUUAUUAACAGAAGCUGAUUUAACUUACGCACAGCUCUUUUUGAUGGAGCAGCUUUGGUGGCAUAUACUGUAGCAAUGAAGACAACAAUGGUUAUUAAUGUUUUUACUCCGUCAUGUUCACAUGAAUACAGAAUCAAACUGCAAAUAUUUUCAAUUGAAUGUAUUUGAAGUUGACAUUUUGGGAUUGAUUUAUUGCUUUUGUUAUCCCAGUCAAUUUUUUUCGACUAUACAGUCAUAUUUUUUACAAUGGUUAUAAAUGUGUAGAAUAACUUUUGUAGUCUUAUUAAUUAACAAUGGGCACUUUUAAUGAAUGUUGAAUUUAUUUAUUUGAUGUAAAAUCCUUUUUGUUUCUUUCUUGGAGAUGUUACAACAGCAAUCUAUGAUGAGAUGUAGUUUAUCAGUUUUGCACCUUUUUCAGUGUUUUUUCAACACCUUACAGAUGUUUUGGUCUCGGUUGAUGUGCACACUGACAUUUUUAACUGUUGUCAAAACCUCUGAAAUAAAUGUGCAUUAUUUAUUAAA